UCUGGUGGUUUGGAUUUUGGGUGUACGUGCCAUGAUAUGGAAAAUGCAGGUGGAUUUUGGAAAGAUAAUUUUGAAAGAUCGUGCUCAAACCCGUUUCUGUCUAGUGGAAAUAAUAAUUUUGUUGCAAUUCCCUCUGAACAUUACAGUUGUGAGACUUUUUCAUCAAGUCCAUGCUUGCAGUCACCUUAUAGUGAUAAUAUCCAUACUACUGGGACUGCAUCUGAAAGGGGGAAUUAUUCUGAUAAUUUCUUUUCCGAGGGUAGAAAACGAUGGAAUUGUGAAACAUACUAUACUUGGAAUCAAGGCUUAAAUGGCGACAGGAAUUAUGGAAGUAAAUUUCCAUAUGAAAGCUGCGCAUGUAUAUUAUAUCCUGAUCAAGGUUCAGCAGGAAACCUUUUUACCGAUGUUCCUUCUGAAAUAUUUGACAAAUACCAAUACUUUUCUUCACGUAACUUAACAGAGAGGGAGUUUAAUGUUGAUGAUUUUUUGUCUAAUCUGUGUACCUGUGAAACAUCAUAUUUAAAUCAGCUCAGAGAUUAUCAAGCAAUUCAAGAUUCUACAAAAGGUGGAGCCACUUACUCGGGUGACAGCAAUGGGAAUCUGGGGAACAAGUUUGCAAAUCGCAGUAUUUAUGAUUAUGGGCCCCUUGCUACAUACUGUAGUCUCACAGAUAAGAAUUUGGCAGGGUAUUUUUCCAAUACCAAAAUGCGACGCCAUCUCAAAAAGGCUGGUCUGGUUGACAGGAGAGGACAGAUCAUAUCUGAAAACCAAUACAGACUGAACAUGGCUAGGAAGGAACACAAAAAACAUGUAAAAGAUUUACUGGCACAGGCCAUAGUACAUAAAACAUUGGAUAUUGAGAGGAACAGACAAGUAGAAAUUAAAAGGAAAUUAGAAGAAAUUGCCAAACUAGAAGUUGUAAGGAGAGUAAGGGCUACUAAAUUCAGGAAAGGUGAUGAAGACAUAUUACCUUAUUUGUCACCAAGGUCAAGUCGACCUCAGAGUAGAUCUGGUAGAUAUCGUCCACAAAGUGCCCCGGCAGACAGACAAUAUAAUGAUAGUUAUGAUGCUGACGUGAUAUAUGUUGAUGAUGAGGGUCGUCCUGUGACUCCACCUAAAGAUAUACAGGAAGAUCAUAAAAGAGAGGAAAUUGAUACCAGACAUCUUUAUGCUCUGGACUCUGCUGCUUUGAAAAAAUAUGCUUUAACAUUGUCAAAAAUAGAACAAGGUGAAGGAAUGACAUCUCCAUAUUUGAUUUCACAAGUUCCUUCUCCUCCAAGAAGUGCUAGAGGAAGUGCCAGAAACAACUACAGGGAUGCUAGGUACAAGUCCCGCCUACAAAGACCCAGAACAGCCAAUAGCUUGAGUCCUUACAGAAGUACUAGGACUGGAGCUGUACAGCUUGAAUUCAGAGAUAAAUGGCAGCUAGCUGACAAGAAAGCUCACAAAAGUUCAUCUGUACAUGGAACUUUAAUGCUUCAUAGACAAGAGCCCGCCAUGAUGCACCAAGGAGAGGUCCAGACCCUUUGUGAAGUGACAAUGAAAUAUUAUGGGCCAAAUCUUAUACUGCCAAGAGACCAGAGAGACCCUACACAGGAUGUUGAAAUAGAACAACAGCAUUGUGGGGGAAAUACACUUCCUGUUUUCAAGGAAAGGAUAAAACCUGGAGAUGAGUUUACUUUCAUUUCUAGAAGACAUAGAGGAUAUCCUUUCAGUCUGUCUAUAUUUGUGGAUGGCAGGAUCAGCGCUCGUGUCAGUACAUGUUGUGAAUAUGGCCAUGCCAAAGGAGUCAGACUAGGCGGUAAAAUGGGACAGUUCUGUCUGAAAAAUAUCACUGGUGCUACACCUUGCUACAAAUGCAAGUUGAAUGCUCAAGCUAGUCCACGUACAUUGAAACGUCCUACUUCAAAGAGAAGACAACAGAAAGUAGAACAGAUAAAAGAGGAAAUUAUUGUAAUAAGACCAGAGAGGAAGGAGAAAGAAGAAGAGGAUAAUUAUGACGAUGAUUUUGAAGACGAAGAAUCUGGCAGUAAGAAAGAUAGUGGCACAGAAAAAUAUAAAGAUGAUUUUGAAUCUGAUGACGAGCCAAAGCCUGUUAGAGCAAGGAGGUCAAGGUCAAGUUCAUCUAGCUCCUCGUCCUCAAGGUCAAGAUCCAGGUCACCACCUCCAAGAUCUCACACCCCUACACCAAAGACAGAAGAAGUGAAUGACAGAGAGAUUUAUGGACUACGGGCAGAUGAAGAUUUGAAGAAAGAUUUGUCUGAUGAUGAAAGAUCAGAUAAACCUUCCAGAAAGCUCCAGAGUUAUUCUGACGAUGACGAACAGCCUGAGAGUAAUAAAUGGAUUCAGCGUCCAGAACCAGAAACAGUGAAGAAGACCAGAAGAGGUAGCACCAGUAGCAGCAGUAGUAGUUCUAGUGCUAAAAGUAGAGAUAGUCAGAAACAGAAAGAAGAAGAAAGAAAGAAAGAGGAAGUAAAAGCUACUGUUGUGUCAACGCAAAGUGAGCCCAUUGUCGAGAAAAGUAAAGAAAGGAGGUCAUCUUCAUCCUCAUCUUCUUCAUCUUCUUCAUCAUCUGCUGAUUCCAAAAGGGAAAAAUUAGAGAGACAAAUGUCUGAGGAGGAGAGAAGGAAGAAGGAACAACAAAAUAGGAUUGAGCAACGUAGAGAAGAGGAGAGAAAACGUGACGAAGAAGCUAGAUUGAAAGAAGAACAGAAACAAUUAGAACAAGAGAGAAAAAGACGGGAGGAAGAUGAAGAAAGAAGAAGACAUGAAGAAGAAUCUAGAAUAAGAGAAGAAAAGAGGACGGCUGAACAAAAAAGGAGAGAACAAGAGCUAGAAGGGGAGAGGAGAAAGAGAGAAGAUGAAAGACAACAGGAGCAAGCAAGGAGAGAUGGUUAUGCUAAGAGGAAAAAGAUUGAUUCUACCCCUCAAAUGGAUUAUAUUCCAGAUGCACCAAGUUACUCUAAAAUGUAUGAACAAGAGGUUGUAGAAGCUUAUAGACAGGUAGAGGCAGAGAAACAGAGGGAGGUCGUGAAAGAGAAACCAAAGUCAACAAGGACUAGAAGCAGCAGCGACUCGAGCAGUGCGUCAGAGAGAUCUACGCCAAAGCGUGUUGCUUCACCAAAGGUUGCUAGUCGUAAAGCAUCAUCCAGCUCUAGUAGCAGUGAUUCCGAUACGGACACAGAGAAAGAAAAAGGUUCAAAGGUCACCCCUCCAAGGACUCCAUCUCCAGCAAAAGUCACUCCCCCAAGGUCGAGGACUGUUUCAUCCAGUUCUAGUUCAAGUAGUGAUACAGAAACGGAAACUGAUGCUGAGAAAAAGGUUGUUAAAUCAAUAACCCCUGCUUCAACUCCCAAAAAGUCAUCUGAUAGUUCUAGUAGCGAAACUGAAACUACUACAGACACUGACCAAAAAUCUCCAAAAUCUAUCACUCCACCCGAGACUAAAGUUAUAAAGGAAGAAAAUGAAUCUUCUAGCAGUUCUGAGAGUGAAAGUAACAAUGAAAAAACACCAAGGGCUAUUACACCCCCACGUCCUGGAAGCACUCUACCACAUCCAAUAGAAGCUAAUGUUGUAACUACCAGUAGACCCAAAACUGAUGAAUCAAGUUCAAGUUCUGAUAGUGAAACUGAAACUGGUACCGAAACUGGUACUGCCACAGAGACUGAAACUGAUAAUGAAAAACUUAAAAAGGAAGUGGAACCACAAAAGGAGAAAUUAUCUGUUAUUCAGGAGAAAGAGAAGGAGAAAAAGAGCACUCCUAGUAGCUCUAGUAGUUCUAGUGGAACCAGUAGUAGUGAAACAGAGACUGAGACUGAUAGGAGUCAAAAACAGGUACCAGUUCAGAAAACUGAAGAAGUGCAAAAAACAGAACCAGUGCAGAAAAAAGAAGACGAGAAAAAAGACACUACAACAACAACAGAUGAUUCAUCAAGUGGAUCGUCUGAUUCCUCGUCUGAUUCGUCUGACAGUGAAGAUGAAGAUAAACAAAAGACUGCUGAAAAAAUGAGAGAAAUCCUGACCAAAGAUGACGUUCCACUUAGUGAAAUGCAACCAGUUGACAAUCAAGAGAAGAUAAUCAAUGAUGAACCAUUUAUCAGUGAAAGCGAAGGAGAGCAGAUGAAAGCUACAACAAUAUUUGCUAGUGAAAGUGAAGAAGACAAUAUGCAUGGAGGAAACGACCCUGACAACUUAGCUACCAGUCACACAGAAGUGAAAUCUACUUUGACCAAGAUUGGAAUAACUCCACCUCAAUCAGUGGAAGGAACUAUUUUUUCUUCAAUUGAAGGCAAAAAAGAUUUGGAACUCAACAAUAUUGCCUUAAGUAGUUCACAGGUAACAGAAAUUUGUGAUGUCCUAUCUAAGGGAGAUAAUGUACAAUCUGUCUGCCUGAGAAAUUCUGGGAUUGAUGAUGAGAAGUUUAAGGUCAUAGCUGAUGCCUUGAAAACCACAGAAUCCAAACCACUGAUGUUAAAUUUUAACCUUAACAAGUUGAGGUCUGGUUCUGCUGACAAGCUAGUAGAAGUUUUAACAGUCAAACCAUCAAUACAGAUACUUCUGUUACAUGGAAAUCCUCUUGGAGAUGAUGGUGUGAAGCAGUUAGUUAAUGGUAUCCUUGACAUCAAACAGGCUUCUAAUAAAACGGAAGAACAGGCAGUAGAUGGAGCCAGAACAAGGGAGACAACUAAGCAUCAUUUACUGAGGGAACUGGAUUUAGGAGAUACAGAGAUUGGAGAUGAAGGAAUGGGGCAUGUUGCGUAUCUCCUGGAAAACGAUUCUGAUCUGAAGACACUGAAUUUAAAUGGAAAUUCAAAAGUCACAUACACUGGCUGGAAAAGAUUGUCAAAAGCUUUAAAAAAGAACAAAACUCUUCAAUCAUUGACUCUUGAUUUCAAUAAGAUUGGGGAUGAAGGGGUUGCUGCCCUUGUCAACAGUUUGAAGGUCAAUGCCAAUCUACAAACACUUGACCUUGAAUCUACAGGUAUCUCUGAUGAAGGUGGACGACUGCUAAUUGAUCUGGUUAAAUGUAACACCACCAUUUUAGAUAUCACCGUCAUGCCGGGGAAUAAAAUCUCGGAGAAAACACAGGAGGAGAUUAGAAACUACCUUGGACUUAAUAAAGCGGCCUCAACCAAAAUGGUGUCAACUCUGAAAUAAUUUUUGUGACUUUUGCUUCACUGUGAACUUUUGCCAAAAUGUUAUAUAUUUUAUUGACCAAAAUUUUGCAUAAAAAAGAUGAGUGACAGAUCAAAAUUAUAUAACUUGCUUUAUUUAAUUUACAAUAAUUGUAAAUCUAUUAGGAAUAGAUAAACCCUUAAGUUUAAACAAAAAUCUUCUCAUUCAAUCAUCUCUAUCCAUGACUGGUUGUUACCCUUGGUGCAUAACUAUCUGUGAAUGCCACACAUACUGUAUGGAGAUGUUUGCAAGACAGCAUAUAUUUCUUCAGAUGGAGUAGCUGUUGGCACAAAAUAUUUAAAAUUUAAGAUUUUUUUUAAAUUCCUGAGACAGUUGCCUUUUUUAAAUUUUGAAACUUUUAAAGCGUUUACAUAGUGUAUCUAGGUCAAAGGACAAUAAUAUAUGAAUUAUAAACAGAAAAGAUUUGUUUUAAGGACGUAGCAUGGUCAAUGCUUUGGUGUAGGUUGCUUUGGCUUUAAUCAUUUUUGCUACAUGUAGACACUAGUCAUCAUUUUAUAGAUUUUAUGUAUAAAUAAUUAAGAUUAUGAUUUUAUAUAAUAAUUUGUGUUAGAUUUAUAUGUGUAAGGAGGUAAAUACACUUAAAAGAAUAAGAAAAUAGAACUGUGAAAUGAACGUAUCUUAUUUUUAGACAGUGAAAUAUUCAAAGCAAAUGACAUUUAUUAUGUUUAGGAUAUUAGUAAUUGUAUAUACUGGUUAUAUUUAUAAAAUAAUUGUUAAAAGAAUUAUAUUCUGUUAAUUGGACUUAUCUGCUUCUCAAAAAUAAAAUCCUAACAAACGAGUCUUUAAUUGUUAGUUACCUCCUUAAAUCCUGACUUUGAAUUGAUGAAUCUAUACCAAUGGAAACUUGAAUUAUAACAAUUGAGAUAACUUAUAAAAAUCCAACAAUUUUGAGGCAACUUUUAGAAUUGUAAAAACUGGGAAUAUAUUAUUAUAAUUCAUGAUUGUUACAUUACAUUCCAAUACUGUGUCAGAUUAUAUUUAUUAUACAACUUUUUAUAUAUUUAUGAAUUAUUAGUUUCCGUCCAAAUUUUUGAAUUUUUUAUUCUUAUUUUUACUUUUUAUGUUAAUAAUAGAUAUUUUUUAGUCAUUUAAUACAUGCUAGGAAAAGUGAAAUGAGAAAAUAUCUCUCUAUAUUGUAUAUAUUUUUGAGAACAAUUAUGUCUUGUCAGCAGUAAGGAAAUUAUAUUAAAACAUUCUAUUUUUUUUAAUGAAAUUGGAGCUCAUGUGUCUGAAUCUUCCUGAUGUAAGUACAAGAAAAGACUGAUCUACUUGAGGAUCAUCUUACAUGUGUUAUUUGAUUUUAGGCAAUCUAUCCAACAGAUGAUUGAACUCAUUUCCUAAGAACUUAUUUAAUCAUGAAUAAUUUUAUUGUCUAAAACUUUGCAAAACAUGUUCAAAUGCAAAUUUUUGUCAAUUUCCUCAUGGGACAUUUCUCCUAGACCCUAUAGUGUAAAUAUUACUUAUGUUCACAUCAUAGUGUCUUGCCUGAAUAUAGUUAUGUUUUUUGCAGCUCUUGAAAAUUUAUGAAUUUUAAUGUCAUAUAAACUAUUUGUGGUUGAUAUUUCAAAAUAUAAUUAGAUUUGCAUCACGUAUUGGAACGUUUUUAAUAUGAUAUAAACUAUAUAGCUUCAACAAAAUAUAAUUUAGUUUGCAUAACUCAUUGAAAUGUCUGAAUUUAAGGUUGCAUUUAAAAAAACAUCAAUUGAAAUUUUUAAAAAUAUGUACUAAAAAAUUGUCCUUGUAUGAUUUUUAUUUACUAUUAAGGUAUGCAUGGUAUGUGAUACUCUGCUGACUUGUAAAAGUGAUUCAAUUGUAUUCCAUAGAAUGUAUUGUAAUAUUUACAUAGUUGUUUUACUCUACCCGUCCACAAACAGUAAUGAUACAAAUUCAAUGUAUUGUAAAUUUGCUCAUUUAAAAAAAUGAUUGUGAUAUUUAUUGUUGACAGAAAAAUCAAGGUUGUGAUUUGUGAUUUUAUUUUUAUUGAAAUUUAAUUAAAUUUUGUUUAUUUAUAUUUUCAAUCUUAUAUAGAGAUAUUUAUAUACAAUGUGUAAAAUAAAAUGAGGGUAGAUUAGGGUUGUGACUAUUUGUUGAUAGUUAUUUGCUAAUCAAAUUGACAUGGAAAGUCCCCGAUUUUGGCCUCAUUUUCAGUUAGUUUUUAAAAACUUGUCUUUUUUGCUAUGAACACAUUAUGAAAAAUAUAUAUUUGUGGUUUUGAACUGUAACAUCACGAAUGUGUAGUUUCAAAGAAAGAAAUUAAAAUUUUUUUUUUUUUUUUUGAAUCAACUUUUUAUCUCUCAAAAUGAAAUAUGAUUCUGAUAUUCCCAUAAAAAUAUAUUUGGGAAGAAUACAGCAAUUAAAUAAAAAUUGUGCAACACUUUAUCAAUAUUCAGAAACAAGAACUAAAUAUUUUGACCAUUUUUCCCAAUAUUUUAAUUUUUCAGUCAGUUUUAGUUGAGAUUUAUAUGGAUAGAUAACAUUGGAAAUAAUUUGCUGCUUAAUUUGAUUGAAUUCAUGUAUUUUUCUGUUUUAUUAUGACAUGACAAUAAUUCUGUUUGAUGUGAUAUACAUGAAAAUUUAUAACAGUUAUAAACAUUCCUGAAUCUUAAUUUUAAACAAUAUUUGGACAUCAUGCUUAAUUAUUUGUUGUGGAAGCUACAUAUUUGUUGUAAUAUUACAGGAUGAAUUGUCUGAUUUAUUACAGGGUCAUGUUGAGGUGUAGCGUUCAUGUUUAUGCUACAUUACAUAUUUAACAUUUUAUAUCAAAGAUUUAGAUUGGGAGAAGACUUCAUGCUCUCAUUUUAUUGUGACAGUUGAAAACAUGAUAAAGCAAGCAUAUUUUGUUGCUUCAAAAAUAGAACAUUUUUGAAAAUAAACGAACAAAUUUGGAAAAAUUGUUAUUGUUGAGUUUUACUUAAUAUUUACAUUAAAUUGAUAUUGAUGAAGUAUAUGAAAUAAGGAUUUAAAAUUAAUUUUAAUUUUUGCAUUUUCAAAAAGUGGUUUUUCAAUUUUUGAAAUUUUUUCACAUUUCACUUAUAUUCCUAUCACUGAUAAUGUAAAAUAACUGAAUAUUUUUAUUAAGAAGUGAUCAUGUUACAUUUUCAUACCACUUGUUCUAAAAAAGACUGUUAUUGAUAUGAAUUCAAAUCGUCUCUACAUGAAAUCGAAUGUGAUUCAUGUGAAAAUAAUUUAAUAUUGAUAUGAGUUGUAAUCGUGUCUACUUGAAAUCAAAUGUGAUUCUAUUACCUGUGAUAACAACAUUUCUGUGGAUUGAAAUGUAGUGCCAGAUGUUUUUGUCUGUAGAAUAAACAUAAAUCUCAAA